ACUGUAGCUGUCAUCUACCACUGAUACAAUUAACUGCAGCUGUCAUCUACCACUGACACAAUUAACUGCAGCUGUCAUCAACCACUGCAGGAAUUAACUGCAGCUGUCAUCUACCACUGCUUCAAUUGACUGCAGCUUUCAUCUACCACUGACACAAUUAACUUCAGCUGUCAUCUACCACUGAUAGUUGCAGCUGUCAACUACCACUGAUACAAUUUACUGCAGCUGUCAUCUACCACUGACACCAUUAACUGCAGCUGUCAUCUACCACUGCUUUAAUUAACUGCAGCUGUCAUCUACCACUGAUACAAUUAACUGCAGCUGUCAUCUACCACUGGCACAAUUAACUGCAGCUGUCAUCAACCACUGCAGGAAUUAACUGCAGCUGUCAUCUAUCACUGAUACAAUUAACUUCAGCUGUCAUCUACCACUGCUGGAAUUAACUGCAGCUGUCAUCUACCACUGAUACAAUUAACUACAGCUGUCAUCUACCACUGAUACAAUUAACUGCAGCUGUCAUCUACCACUGAUAUAAUUAACUGCAGCUGUCAUCUACCACUGACACAAUUAACUGCAGCUGUCAUCUGCCACUGCUGGAAUUAACUGCAGCUGUCAUCUACCACUGAUACAAUUAACUGCAGCUGUCAUCUACCACUGACACAAUUAACUGCAGCUGUCAUCAACCACUGCAGGAAUUAACUGCAGCUGUCAUCUACCACUGAUACAAUUAACUGCAGCUGUCAUCUACCAUUGCUACAAUUAACUGCAGCUGUCAUCUACCACUGCAGGAAUUAACUGCAGCUGUCAUCUACCACUGAUACAAUUAACUGCAGCUGUCAUCUACCACUGACACAAUUAACUGCAGCUGUCAUCAACCACUGCAGGAAUUAACUGCAGCUGUCAUCUACCACUGAUACAAUUAACUGCAGCUGUCAUCUACCACUGAUACAAUUAACUGCAGCUGUCAUCUACAACUUCUACAAUUGACUGGAAUUGUAACCACUAUUACCAUUGACUGGCACUGGUAUUAAUAAUUUUACUACAGCUAUCACUGGAAUUUCUGCGACUCAUCAGGAAAGCAGUCAAAGUUUACAUUGUGUGAGGGUUGCUGGCUUGCCUUAUCGUCUCUUGGCAUUUGCACCUGUGUUCUCUACAUCAAAGGAAACACGUGGACUCAAGGGGUUUCUGUGCAAAAGAAAGGAAACUGUCGACACUCACUUCAGAGAGUCACUGGUCAGCAGCUGUCCACAAAAGAGACUUCCUCAGCGGAGCAACAAUUAUACUCUGGCAUUCCACUUUGUCAAUAGGUCUGAAAUCUGAAGUUGAUUUGUAGUCAUAACACAAUCCAGCACACCAAGCCAGCAACACAAAGCCGGAACCGGAUAUCCAGGGUCAUAUACACCCUGUCCUGUGCUGCUAACACUCUACACCGGAAUACAGUACUCAUGGUAUUCAUCUGGUUGUCAUAGUUACCUGGAUUUCAACACCAUUUCUACAGGAUUUACUAGAGGAUUUAUUAAGUAGCCAGAUCUCAAUCUCCACCACUGUAUUGGAUUGAUAUUACAGUGGUGACUAUCACAGACAUCCGCCUAAUAACAAUAGACCCACUCGGGUAUCAAGUCAUCAUAUCAACCUAUCAGCCAUUAAAGAUUUAUCGCAGUUCAUCUCAACUACAACACGUUCAACAAAGUACCUACAUCAGUACGCUCUCCGUUCCCAUAAAGUACACCGCCUCUGCUUCAAAGUUGUCUACUUGUGUUCGGUCUUCACCUGGCUAAGUCAACACCACAACUACAAGUACAACUUGAGAGUUUUCUGCAGAGACUAGAGGAAACUUGGCAGAACAACACUAUUGUCUUUUGCUCCAGUCACCAAGGCUAGCUGUGUGGUAGCUUCACCCUUUACAUACCCAAGGACACUCAACACAGCCAGAACAAGAUCUGGUGACGUCAUCAAAACAUUCUCUCCGCUACUCCACUCACAGAUCAAUACUGUGGAACAGGUCACUCGCUGAACGUGCAAAUUCCUCAGCUGACCGUGGCUAUCAACACUUGAAAUAACAUUGCUGCUGGAACAUCUGUUCUACCCUCACAUCAGCUGCAUUCUCACUACAACCCUAUACUGUUAUUGAUCCUGAGCUGUUGACCUGAUCUCUGCCUAUACAACUUGACUCCGUGCAAACAGAAACCAUCACCAGGGAGUGUGUCCUCGGCCAUAGACACGAUUGCGAGGUGAAACUACUAACGCCAUUGCCGUAUCAUCUCCAUUAUCAUCUCCAGUACCAUCGACAUUAUAUCAGUGAAGCACACUGACCAGCAAUUGUCCGGGUAGUCAAUCAGCUUCACCUCACGACACCAAUUGUCCAAGUCACCAACAGUCUAUGUGUUGAUCAAACGUAGCCUUCACAAUGAAGACCAUCGAAGCACUGGCAUUCAAGGACCUCGAGAGCACGCUAUGCGAGGACCUUCAACAUUCUGUCGACGACAUCAUGGAUCGGAUUGUAAGCAACAGCUUUAUCCCGAGCAACAGCCGCGAGUUUGCCAAAAUCACACACCGCAUGUUGACUGGCCAUGAACAGAUCAGUUUGCUAAUUGGCUACCUUCUGACUGUGCCAGGUCAGAAAGGAAAGAAGGUGUUUGCAAUGUUUUGCAAUGUUCUACGUCAGAACAACUUUGAGCAGCUUGCCAAGGAGCUGGAGAGCAGGGCAGAAAUGUACGAUCAAAGAAAUUUGUCCAGCCAAUCCAAUGGUGACAUGGAGUUCCACGGAUGGGAGUGUAAACGCUCUGCUCCAUUCCUACCAGAAACCUUCCCAACGCCAUCUACCGGCUUGCAACAAGCAGCCACCAAUGCAACCACUGCCAGUGUACAGAAGAGCCAAGCAACAACUCAACAACAACAACAACAACCGCAGGCUGAUGUUGAACCAUUGCUAACACACUACCGUAAGCGUCUUCUUCAACUUUGUCGAAUCGAAAGCAAGAGCACUGCUCUACCAGGAAUUGGGACACGGCGUGAAGGACAGACUGAUGUUCGCAGUUUCUACACUAGCGUGCAGGCCUUGACACUGGAGCAAGCUGAACAACAACUGAAUGAAAAGGGUGGAAAAACAGAGAGAUGCAGCAUGACAACGAGAUCAAUACCAAUACGUCGAGCAUCACAACUUCUGCAACGUAAACUAGGUGAGCAUGUGCCAUCACGUUAUGAUAACGACCGCAGAUCACUUGUUGAAAGCAGCAUGCUUGUUUCUCCAGCUGGCAGCGGGAAAAGCACAGUGUGUAAGAUGCUUUUGUCCGACCACUACCAUAACAACACUGACAGCAGCAGCAGCAGCAGCAGCAGCAGCAGUGCUGAACCUUCUUGCAGUGCUGUUGACAGGGGUGCAUGCACCAGUGCUACUGAUCCUGAUUCCACACGCCAAGCUAACACUACAAUCAGCAAGGAUGUAACUGCUGCCAACAGUGGUAACGCCUCCACCAUGACAGGCAGUCUUAGCACCUCUUCCAACACAACCAGCAGCAGCACCGACACUAUCGCCAGCAGCACCACCAGCAGCAGCAGCAUCGACACUAUCACCAGCAGCACCACCAGCAGCAGCACCACCAGCAGCAGCAGCAGCAGUACAUGUGUUAGCAGCAACGAAAACAGUGCAAAGGGCAAAAAUGAUGAUGGCAAAAGUAGUGGAAGCAGAGAUGGGGCCAACAUUGAAAAAAGUCGUGGGAGCAGCACUGAGAGCAGCGGGGGGAGAAGUCGGAGACAACAUGCCGAAGAGGAGAAGGAGUUUAGAAGAGAUGCAGUGCUCUCCAAUUUCAACUAUGUCGUACAUCUACCUUGCCGUGAUGUGGGUAGAGUCUGCAGUUACAAUUGGUCUACUCUACUUGGCCUGGAUGAGCAAUGUCUGCAUCUAGACACACACCAGCAAGACCAAAUGAUCGAGUACCUAGAGGAUCAAUCACAACAAGUCCUGUUCAUUGUCGAUGGAUUGGACGAAAUUGGUAAAGAUGUGCUCGAGGAACGAUCAGCUCUCUCUGCUCUCGUCCAUCGUGAGCGGUUUGCUGACUCCCGAAUCUUGUUGACAAGCCGUCCUUGUCAGCUAGCAUCCACGCUUGCAAAAGAAUGUGAAGAACACUAUUGGCUGGCUGGAUUCAACGAUCAUCAACUCGAACGCUACUGCCUUCGUAAUCUUGGUAAACAUCUUGGCCAGUCUUGUUGGGACGAGCUAUGCGAGGUUAGCUUAGGCCACGUCAAAGAAGCACUGAAGUCCUCCCCAUUGCUAUGUGCAAUGCUCUGUGAGCUCUACCGAAGUCGUCAGAAUGUACCAAGGUGUGCAACCAUGAUGUACUCCGGCUUUGUCAAGCAAGCUGCAAACCUGCGUGGCUGGCGGUUGCAAGAUGAUGGAGUCAGCCUUGAGAGUCCCACACUGAGUAACAGCUUGGCUGGUGUCACAAAAACAGAGGAGGACCAAGAGGAACACUCUACUCCACAGUGGACAACUCGUAGCAGUCAACCCCAUCACUGUGUACCAGCAUCAACUGAUACAGCCCACACCGCAGCUGUCAGUGGAGAUGCAGUAAUACUACAACGUAGCAGUGAUAUGGAGCAAUCACAUCAAUGUAUGAGCAAACGUGCACAGAACGAGCUUGGUCGUGUAGCUCUCAUGUACUUGAAUAGAAAGCAAGUACUGAUUCCUACAAGCGCCUUGUCCAGUGAGUGCAGGAAUGCAGCUUGCUCUAUUGGUCUCCUUGUUGAGAGUAACACCGGUAUUGGCAAUGUACUACGUUCACAGGCAAAACCAUGUGUCUACUUCGUACACUACUCACUACAGGAGUACUUUGCAGCACAGUACUUGUGUGCAGAUCCUGAGCAUGCUCAAGCUGUGAAAGAAUGUGCACAAGAUGGUUAUGGUGUUGGUGAGGAGACAGCACCAUUCUGGGCACUUGUAUGUGGUACUGCAACUAGCAAGCAACUAGCGGAGAUCAUCAGUAUACUAAAAUCAGCAAUGUUAGAACAUGGCCGGACUGUUGCCAACGCUACUCGUUCUCUCCUGUCCUACUUCAUGGAGCAUGUCAACACCAGACCAACCCUCACAGAACAAGCAAUGUUUGGUUCUGGCGCGAGUGAGGAGACCAGUUACCUCUCCAAGGCAGUGGACAGCAUUGCUGCUGAUGGACUAAGACUGAAUAACGUUCGACUUGUAAUGAGUGAUAUACUGGCACUACAGUGUGUACAUGAUCAUGCAACUACUAUCAAGCUACUGGAUCUCACAGGUUGUAACCUCACAGCAGAGAAGUGCAACAUACUCACACUGACCAAGGCUGAAGAGCUACGACUGGGGGUGAAUCCAUGCAGUGCCCGUCUGGUGGAAAUGGCAGCAAGAUCUCUAUCUUGUCCAGGCAGCAAAGUGAGAAAGCUGGGGCUCGAGAGUAGUGAUCUAUCAGCAUGUACCUAUCCAGCUCUGCUGGCAUGUGUGCAAGCUAGGAAUCUCCAGCAUUUAGGGUUAACUUUCAAUACGGAACUUGGAAAUGGCUUUCUGGAGUAUCUACAACAGACACUCUACAGUGAUUGUCAGCUUACACACCUUAGUCUGCGGCAUGUUGGUCUGACAGCUGGUUGUGGAAGUCAAUUGGCUGCACUCAUCACCAAACUGCCACAGCUUCAGCGACUAAAUAUGAGCGGCAACAACCCCAGCAACUCAGACAUUGAGCAAGUUCUGGCCGCUUUGAAUACCAAUGUCGUUGAGGUAGUCUGGGUCAUAGGCAAUGACCUGGAUGAUGCAAUCGUUCCAGCUAUCUGUCAGUUCUAUCACAGAAAGAACGGAAAGCAGCAGCAGCAUUCAUCAACUAGCACCUCUCAAGCAGUUCAGAAUGGCCACAAAUGUGAAGUACAGUUACAAGGUUGUAAUGUGACCAGAGAAGGCCUGGAAACCAUAGCAACAGCACAGUGCUUAUCCCGUGGUGAUGUGGUGGUCACUGGUCUACACUUUGUGAACAGCGAUGGUGUAGGGGAACAGGAUCUGCGGCAAAGGUUCCUCGAGAACCAUGGCAAUCUCUGCACGCAAUACAUUGGUGAUGCUGGCGCACAGCAGAUUGCUCCAGCUAUUGCCACUGAUGGCGAAAAUCAGCAUUCUCGUAUGUACAACCUAGUCCGUCGAAUUGUCCAGUACGUCAUCCCAGUCAAGGCCUGCAACACAACUAUGGAUAUACUAGAUCUCAGUUACUGCAACAUAACCAACAGUGGUGCAGAGGUGCUUGCCGAGCAAGGUCUGGCACACAACAACACAAUCCGAGUGGUCGACUUAUCGUACAACAACAUUGGACUGCGUGGAUUGUGCUCAGUACUCAGAGCAUGUCGUCAUCGAAUUCUAUCAUCUCCACUGGCAUUGGUUAUGUCAGAUAACAACAUCUUUCCUACAUAUGAACAGCUGCCACCGCCCCAACAACCACAACAGCAGCAGCAAGCUGAUGUUAUCCGUCCAGUCACGAGUCUACUGUCACAGUGCACAGGGAUUGUUUGUCUCGCACUUUCAGGGACAGGACUGGAUGAUAACACUGGAGCUGAGUUCAUCACAUCUCUACGCAGUAAUCAGUCUAUCAAGUGGCUCGGACUUGGCCGUAAUGCCUUGAGUGAUCGCAGCGCUAGUGCACUGUGUGUUGCUAUGGAGACCAACACCACACUGAAGACCAUCUCACUGUGCAAGAACAAUGUGACAGAUGAUGGAGUGAAGCAGCUCAUCAGCUCACCUGGUGUACAGCGUAUGCGUGCUGUAGCAUUAGGUGGCAAUCCAUGUCAGACAGAGCAGUUCAGAAUGCCGCUGUUUGACGGGUGGAUCUCAUAUACCCCAAGUUGUCUUCUGGAACUCAUGAAGCGACCUGAUUGAACAGCUAGAGCAAUAUGACAGUGAGUGUUUUCAGUCACGUGAUCAAUAUUCUGCUGGCCAUAGACUCUUCCUGUUUGCUAUUCUCAUAAUGACCAUUUCAUGGAGCAGCCUUGAAACUGGAAAUAGCUGCUACACUUGAACAGACGGAAUGCAUGAUAGUACCCGUAGUGUUUGAGUUACCUGAGAGAGGCAGCUACAGUUGAAAUCUAUACUUUUUCUCAUUUCAGCAAUGUUUAGUGAAAGCUACCAUAAUUGGUUUAGAUCACUUGUCAGACAUUUCUUCAGUACGAUCUUCACAACACACGCUACAUUCCCAAACAUGUAGAGAUUUCAGUGCAAGAAGCAACAUAUCCACUAGCAUCAUUGUUUUUCCCACCAGUAAUUCUGUGUUGCUGUGUAAUGCAACAUACCCAGCAACUCCACUGUAACCAUGGUGACAGCUAUGUUACAGAAUAUCCACUCACAGAGCAUGGAUAGUGCUGUCCUUUUCUUACACCCUUCCUCCCCUUCCAUUUCCAUCAUUGAAUUAUGCUAGUUUUGGAUGAAUUAUGUAAAAGAA